AUAAUCUUUUCAAUAUCAACCAAAGCCAAAAAAUCUACUUUAAAACAACUAUAAUUAGAAAUAUGGCUUCUAAGAAAACUACUUCCCUUGCUCUUUUUAUUCUUGUGAACCUUCUUUUUGUCUCUCUUGUGAGUGCAUGUGGCACUUGUCCUAGUCCUAAACCAAAGCCGAAGCCGAAGCCAAAGCCAACCCCGAGCCCAAGUUCCAAAGGCAAGUGCCCUAUAGAUGCUCUAAAAUUAGGUGUUUGUGCUAAUGUUCUUGGAAAUUUACUUGGACUUGUAAUUGGAAAUCCUCCAAAGAAACCUUGUUGCUCUCUCAUUAAUGGACUUGUUGAUCUUGAGGCUGCACUUUGUCUAUGCACUGCCAUUAAAUUAAAUGUUCUUGGGAUUAACCUUAAUGUCCCUCUUUCUCUAAGCCUUCUUCUUAAUGUAUGUGGCAAAAAGGUUCCAUCUGACUUCCAGUGUCCUAAUUGAAACAACUACUAUAUAUUUUGAUUUUAUGUUUCUUAUGUAUUGGUAUCAACGUUUAGCUAUGGAUUUCUCAUGUAGGGAGAAAUUCGAGUGUGUACGUGGUAACUUCUCGUUCCCGUUGUAGUUUGAAAUAAGUUCCUCUUUGUAUUUCAUAAUGUACUGUUAGUUUUAAACUUAUUGUACUUCGCAGUAUAUAGAAGUCUAUUUGUUGUAAGGUUUUUUAUUUUGUUUUCUCCUUAUGUCAAUAAAAAAUGUGUAUUAUCGUUUGUUA